UUGGACGCAAGAGCCAAGCUGCUACGCGCCCUAACCCAGAACAACAACAACUGUAUAAAGAAAAUGGUGGACAUACAAAGGCUGAUCCUGCAGGAAAAGCGUCCAUUUCUGGAUGCUCAGAAGUGUUUUGUCAGCUCGGACCUGCGGGCGGCGCUGCCGGCGCACGAGGGCGCCCCCGUCCGGCUGACAGACGGCCGCCGCUCCCUGAUCUGUCGGCUGUACGUGCGGCCCGAGCUGCGGCCCGGCACGGCGCUGGCGGACGGCUGCGCCACCUGUCUGGUGCCGGCCGGGGCCGAGCCGCCGCCUACCGGCCCACCGGCGCGUCUGUCCGUCCCCGAGGCACUGUCGGUGACGCGGCUCUCGGUGCGGCUGGUGUGCAGCUCGGCGGCCGACGUGCUGCGGCUGCGGCGCCGGGACGCGGCGUUGACGGCGGCGCGCGCCCUGCUCACCGGCCGCGCGCUGUCGGCACGCUGCCGGCUGGGCUGCGCCGGCACGCCGCUGGGCCGCCGGCUGGGCGUGCUGUGGCUGGAGGUCACCUGCCCGCAGCUGGCCGGUGAGACGCUCGGCACUACCGCGGCUGACGCCGACGUCACUGUCGCAGCCGUGGAGACCCGGCUGCACGCAGAGUUCACCGCCGAGCGCCCGCCGACCAGCGGGCACGCGACGGCGCGCGCGCGGCUGACGGCAGCGGCGCGUCACUUUUGUCACCCCGGCUGUGAACGCUCGUCCAGUGUGCUGCUGCUGGGUCCGGCCGGCUGCGGUAAGGCGACCCUGGCGCGCGCGGCGGCGGCGGCGGCCGGCGCGCUGCCGGUGACGCUGCGCUGUGACGACCUGCCGUCGGAGCGGCCGGGCGCCGCGCAGACAGAGCUGCGGGCGCGCGCGGCCGAGGCGCGCCGGCUGGCCGACUGCGGCCCGCUGCUGCUGCUGCUGCGCGCCGUGCACGCGGUACGGGGCGAGCCGCGCGCGCAGCUGCUGCAGCUGCUGGACGAGGUGCGCUGCUGGCCGCGGACGCUGGUGGUGGCCACCUGCAGCCAGCCGCAGCAGCUGCACUCGGCCCUGCGCAGCGCGGCGCGCUUCGACACAGAGCUGCACCUGACUGUUGGCGGCGCCGAGGACCGCGUGGAGCACCUGACGCACCACCUGGCCGGCCGCUCCCUGGUCGACUGCUCCAUUCAGCAGCUGGCUGACAUGACUCCCGGCUACUCGGUAGCCGACCUGCGCGCGCUCUGCCGGGAGGCCGUGUUUGGACGGACGCAGCAGGAUGCCGAGCUGCGCCUGGCCGACUUCUCGCGGGCGCUGCUGGUGAUCCGUCCGUCGGCGCUCAAGUCAGGUCCGGGCGCGGCGCCGCUGCCGCCACUCUCCUGGGACCGUCUGGCCGGGGUGGGCUCGCUGCGCGCCCGGCUGCACCGCUGUCUGGUGACGCCGCUGCGCCGACCGGACGCUCACCGGCGGCUGGGCGUGCCGGCGCCGCGCGGCCUGCUGCUGCACGGCCCGCCCGGCUGCGCCAAGACGAGCCUGGUGCGCGCGGCGGCGUCCGAGUGCCGCGCCGCCUUCCUGACCGCCUCGCCGGCCGAGCUAUUCUCACCGUACGUGGGCGACUCGGAGAGGGCCAUCGCCGAACUGUUCCAGCGCGCGAGGAUGACCGCGCCGGCAGUCAUCUUCCUGGAUGAGCUCGACGCCAUAGUGGGCACUCGCAGCACCAGCGGCCAGUCGGGCGUCCAGGCCAAGCUGCUGUCGGCGCUGCUCAAUGAAAUGGACGGCAUCGGCAUCAAACAAGAUCAUGCGGCGGUGGAUAGUGCGGUGUUCGUGGUGGGCGCCACCAACCGGCGCGACCUGAUCGACGAGGCGCUGCUGCGGCCCGGCCGGCUUGACCAGCAUGUGCACGUGCCGCUGCCGGACCGACAGGCCCGAGAGGAGAUUAUACAGUUGUACCUGACCGGUAUGCCGGUGUGUGACGACGUGUCGGCCGCCGAGCUGGCCGAUAUGACGGACGGUUUCUCCGGCGCCGAGCUGCGACACCUCUGUAACGAGGCCGGCCUGGCGGCCCUCACCGAGGAUAUUGGUGCCUCGGCCGCCACCCAGCGCCACUUCCUCAGACACCUGGGGGCUGAGCAGGACCGGGACGGAACGGGCCGGCCGCCGGCGCGGGACACCGGUCAGAGGUGACGGUGCAGAGCUGAUGGUAUGGUGUAGUGUUGUUGAGUCGGAUCGUGGAGCGAUUCCACGCCAUUUGUUGUGUCACAUGCUUGUUGUGGGGGACUGCUGUGAUGUUUUGGGGCUCAGGCAUAAAGCGAUUAUUUUUGUCACCAAUAAAAUAAUUGCCUUUUGUGGAAGUCUCACGAUGCCGGCCUAGUAUAAUUUU